AUGGCAGGGAGCUUCCAGCAUGUUCGCCGGCACCGCACGACCUUCACAGCAGAGCAACUGGAAGUACUGAAAAGUGUUUUCCAGAAGACCAAGAUACCCAGCUUCGAAACCGUAGCAGAACUGGCUUCCACCCUCAAUCUUGAUGAGGCUGUAGUCAAGACGUGGUUUAAAAACCAACGAGUAAAGUGGAAAAAGCAGCAGCAAGAAAUGGAGCCAGGGGUGUUGCCAGGACCCUCUACCCAGAAUACUGAAGAGAAUGAGGUGGUGUCCCCCUCACCUGUCACCGCAGAGAACCGUGUCCCAUGGAAUUCUGCCACUACCCAUCACCAGGACGAUGAUGUACCCAGGUCUUCUGGGCUUGGGCAGCCUGUGUUGGAUUCAGAGAGGGACUGUCUGCCUCCUGACUUAAAGGAUAUAUGUCUGAGGGUUUCCGAUAGUCCUUGGGCCAACACGACCCUGGACAUGGACCAAUUCAUCAAAAUGUACCACAUAUCUGGGGAGGAGGAUCCCAGAAGCCUGGACAGAUAUCUCUUGCCAUUAGCUUGA